AGAGGCAACAUGGCGACCGGAGGCAGAGCAGAGGAGGAUGUACAGCGGGGACAGCUGCAGCUCCUGCUUCCCCCACAGCCUAUGGACCAGGCUAAGGAAGCCCAGGGUGCAGGCGAGAAGAUGGGCUGGGCACAGGUGGUGAAGAACCUGGCUGAGAAGAAGCACGACUUCCGUGAGCAGUGGCGGAGAGAAGAAAGGGGAAGAGGUGCCGGUGGCAGGCUGGGCAGCCCGGCAGGCCUGGCCACACCAAACCGCGGCGUCUUCCCACCUGCAGGCCGCGGUCACCUCCCACCUGCCGGCCGUGGACAAUUCCCAGCUGCCGGCCGCGGUCAACUCCCACCUGCCGGCCGCGGUCACUUCCCGCCUGCCGGCCGCGGGGACCCAAGGGUCUUCAGCAGAGACCCUGGUGGCUACGCGGCAGAUGCUUGCAGGAUGGAGGGAGCCGGAGCCGGAGACGCCAGUCAAAGGAAGAUGGCCGAGGUGGCAGCGGCGGCGGCGGCGGCAGCAGCGGCCAUGGCGUCCCCUGCAGAGCCUGGUGAGAUCAAAGAAGUGAUUACUGAGCCACCACUCCAGGAUGAGCCUCCAGCCACUGGGCCGGGUAAGGGCCGCUUCCUUGUACGCAUCUGUUUUCAGGGAGACAAUAGUGCCUGUCCGACCCGCGAUUUCGUGGUGGGCGCGCUCAUCCUGCGCUCCAUUGGCAUGGACCCUGAGGACAUCUGUGCCGUCAUCCAGAUCCCUGGCAGCCGCCAGUUCGAUGUGAGCUUCAGAUCUGCAGACAAGCUAGCCCUGUUUCUCCGCGUCUAUGAGGAAAAGCGGGAGAAGGACGACUGCUGGGAGAACUUUGUGGUGUUGGGGCGGAGCAAGACCAGCUUGAAGACCGUCUUCAUCCUCUUCCAGAAUGAGACCGUGGAUGUGGAGGAUAUCGUGACCUGGCUAAAGAGCCACUGCGAUGUGCUGGCCUUGCCAGUGAAAGUGACUGACAGGUUUGGGAUCUGGACUGGGGAGUACAAGUGCCAGAUCGAGCUGCGCCAGGGGGAGGGAGGAGUGAGGCACCUGCCUGGCUCCUUCUUCUUGGGAACAGAGAGGGGCUACAGUUGGUACAAGGGGCAGCCCAAGUCGUGCUUUAAAUGUGGUUCUCAGACCCACAUGAAUGGCACCUGCACGCAGGACAGGUGUUACAGGUGUGGGGAAGAGGGGCACAAGAGCCCCUACUGCAGGAAGAUCAUCCUGUGCAACCUCUGUGGCAAGGGAGGACACAUGUAUACCCAGUGUCCCAAAGCAGUUCAGAGUUCCAUGGCAGCUCACCUCACUGGCAUGGCAGGGUACUGAAUACACUUCUGCCUGCCGGGUGAACACACAGCCAGCUUACCCUUCUUAAGUGCCAAAACAUUUUUUUUUAAAGACCAUUUUUCUCUUUUUGAAAGGAGAUAUUUCUAAAACUUAACAGAGACAUUCUCUUUUUGCCUUUUAAAACCACGUGUGCUCCUUUUCAGCCUGUUAGAAAAGGACUAUUCAGAACUGUAGCUUGCAAAUGUUGGCUGUUUGCCCCCGCCUUUUUCUCCAGUUUUCAUUAGUUUUGGUACUUUUGUCAACACCCUGUUCCCUCUGUACUUUUUACUACCUCCCGCUUCGUCCAUGUCUCCUUAGAAGAUUUUUGCCCCUUGGGGCUGCCUUGCUCAUUUUUGUGCCUCAGCCCCGGGUACAGGGGCCAAUAUGGGACAGGCUUUCAACCCAGUGUUUAUUGAAUUGAAAAUGUCGUCGACUAGCUCUGUCUAUAGUGCCUACCUUGUGCAGCUCUCCGCUGGCCUCUUUUCAUUUGCUGCUUCUAUGUGAUAUGAAAAUUUGUGAACACAGUGUUGCUGGAAGUGUUUAAUGUGAAUAAGCUCUAAAGGUGGCCAAAGGCCUCUCCAAGCAUAAAAACCUAUCAAAUUUGUGACAGCUCCUUGUGGCUCAGAAGCCAUUUUUCUGUAGGUUUGUGGAGCCUAGGCAGUUCUCCUGGGAAAGACCAAAGAGGUGGGGUUUUUUUGUUGUUGUUGUCCAAUUUUCUUUGGGGGAGCCUGCUUUUGUUGUGUAUAUUGACUUGAGACUGGGUCGCACUGUGUACCCCUGACUGGUUUGGAACUGGCAGCAUUCCUGGACCAGGCUGCCUUCAAACUUAUGGUGAUCCUCUCACCUCUGCCUCCCUGAAGGUGUUUUGAAUUAACCCCUUGGUUUUCCAACAGAUGAAAUGAAUCCAAAGUUAAAUGACUGGGUUAAAUUUCACAGAGGUGUGGUGCCUCAGCCAGUCCACAGUGGAGUCCCCUGCCCCCUUGCCUGGUGCUCAUCCCACUACCUCUCACACUUCACAACAGUAUCCUUGACAAUGGUGAGCCAAGAAAGUCUCUCUCCAGGCUGAUGGUUCUGCAUGAAGCUGAGACAUAGCCUCAGCUCCCUGAAAAGCUCCCUGAAAGAGCAGAAAGAGAAGCUUGUCUCGCCACUUCAUAGUAAAGGACCUAGGGAAAGGACCAGUGAACAUACUCCAGGCUGCACACAUGCAUCAGUCCUUGGAGUGAUUACCACAUCUUAAAUGUUCCACUGUCACUGUCAGCAGUGAGAAAUGGUUGCUUCAGGAAAGAAACUUGCCAGACUUUUACAUUUGCACCUCUGCCUCAUCUACCAGGAACCCCAGAGAAGUUGGAGAGAGAGCUCAUCUGAAAGCUUCGACCUCUGAUGCUCAGGAGAAAGGUGGUUUUAACCCAGAAUCAUUGGUGAGCUGUAAACUCGAAAAUGUACUUGGAGAAACAGACCAAGAGAGAGGGCCUGGGUCAUCUAAGUGUUAUCAAGUUAAAGUGAAAGACAGUAAGCUGCUUUUUUCAGUUUUUGUCUUGUCUUUGUAGCUUUGCUAUUUUCUUGUGGCUUAGAAUGUAAAACCAGUUGUUCAGAUUUGUUCUCAAUAAAUAUUUGUCUUUUGUCCCCAAGAAAAUUUUGAGUUGUGUGG